AUGAACAGAGUGACACAAAUACGGCUGACGGGACUUCAAAAACUCGUAAAAGAGAAACGAUUAGUAAAUGAACACGACAUUAAAGGUGAACAUGGAGAAGGAGAUAAAGAGAAGGCCUCCUGGAUUAUUCACCCUCGGAGCUACUUCAGGCACUGCUAUCUUGUGUUUAUGGUCAUUUUGACCUUUGUGAACCUCAUAACCAUCCCUCUGGACAUUGCUUUUUCGGAGGACAUGCAUGACAGCGCCCACAAAUACUGGGUGGCCUUCAACGUGCUCUCCGAUAUCUUGUUUUGCCUGGACGUCGGCAUGAAUUUCUGUAUCGGCAUUUUCAACGAAAACGGAGAAGCCAUCCUUGAUCCUCAGAAAAUCAAAGAGGAUUAUUUGCACAGCUGGUUUGUUCCAGAUCUGGUGGCCGCCUUUCCGGUCGACAUCAUUAUUAUCAUUGUGGAGCAGUUUUACAUCACAGACACCAGCUCGCUUCUGGCGUCCAAGAUGGUCCGGAUUCUGAUGUUCGCCCGCUUCCUCAGCAUGAUCCGUCUGCUGCGAGUGCCGAAGCUCCUCAGAUUCUGCUUCGCCUUGGAAAAUGUGUCUGAUAUUCGCCUGGAAGAUGUGAAAAAGUUUCUGAGACUGCUGUUUGUGCUCUUUAUGAUGGCUGUGAUCUGGCAUUGGGACUCCUGCAUUCAGUACUUUGUUGCUGCUAUAGAGGGAUUUCCAUACGACUGCUGGAUCGUGAAGAACAACCUCACGCACAGCUCGAUUGGGGAAAAAUACAGGUACGCAUCCUUCAGAGCUUUGAAGCAAAUGUCCUGGCCAUUCCUGGAGUUUCCAACACGUCUGGAGGAACAGUGCAUGGCUCUGAUCAGCAUGGUGAUCGGAUUUUUUAUGUUUUUUGUAUACAUGGCAUGCUUGAUCACAACAUUUGGGAGCUUGUCUGGCGCUGGCAAGAACAAGAUGAGCCAGAUUCAGUCCUCCUUCCUGUUCAGCAACCGACCCUUAACCCUGCGUCAGCGCAUCACCGCAGAUUGCAAGUGGCAGAUCUACAAAAAGAACGUCCUCGAUGUGGUCUCCAAACGGCUGAGAAAGGAUAUUAUGGCAGAUAUCUGCUCAAACCUUGUGAAGAAAAACGCCAUGUUCAUGUCAUGGGACGUAAACUUCAGCAGAGCUGUGCUGAUGUGUCUAAAUGCUGAGCUUUUCUCUCCCGGUGAUGUCAUUAUUGAAAAGGACACCGUGGCAGAUUACAUGUUCUUCAUCGACAGCGGUCACGUCCUAGUGAAGGGCCACCAUCAACAGAAGGAGAAGAAAGAUGGAGAACAUUUCGGAGACAUUAGCUUUUUACUGGGCGAAAGGCAGCAGAUCUCCGCUCGUGCCCUGACCACCUGCAGCCUGUUCUCUCUAUCGCUGAAAGAUUUUGAGAUGAUCCAGAAACAGUUUCCUCAAAACGUGAAGAAAAUGAGAGAAACAGCGGCUGAAGAGAAGGAACGGGACCUGGAGGGCAAUGAGCUGGAGAUCCAGGUUACACAGCCAUCGACAUCAAGCAGCGUCUGA